UCAUUCUACAUAGCGACAAUGAAAUCAAUAUAUCAGAGAUCAGAUUGAACAAUACUUUGGAGUUUCAGUGCGAUGUGAUAAAGAAUGGAAGGAAAAAUGUAUUUUUUAUAUUUAAUCUGUGUUUUAUUACUGUUUUCUUCAUCACAGUUAAUCAAAGCUGAUAACAAGUCUGACUGUUAUGUUGAAAAUAUAACUGAUGAAGAAUGGAAAACACAAAAAGUAUUUCCUGAUGUUAUAAAGGAUGUAGAAAACAAAAAAAGUAUUUUCAAAGGAAAAUAUGACAAUAUAAAGAGUGUCGGAGAAUGUAACAAGUAUUUCUGUAUAAACUUGAAAGAAACUACAAAGCAAUUAGAAAUUAUUACAUCUGACGACUUCAGCAGUAUUGACGGUAAUGGUGAAUAUGAGAGGGCAAACGAAAUCCUUGAAAUACCUCGCACAAUAGAAUUGGUCUGCUCCACAGGAAACCGAUCUUUGACAGUCAAAAUAAACGUAAAAGACACAAACAAUCAUGCACCUUCAUUUAGUCAACCAAGUUAUGAAUACGUUUUACCUAUGCCAAUGUCACCAAAAAUUAACAUCACAAACUUUGGAGCACAAAUAAAAGUUACGGAUGUAGAUUUUUCCAAUAAAGAUAUAACAUUUUCUCCGGAUUACAAAGGGCUCUCUACCAAAACUUCAUUUGGUGAAAAGGGAAGUUACUCCUAUAUACUAGACUUGGAAUUUGCAGCUGUGAAAAAACUAACUUCACCGACAACCUUCAGUUUAACGGCAACGGAUACUGGUACACCACCAAAAUCCAGUACAGUAAAUAUUACUUUCAAGAUUGAUGAGGAUGUCAGUGAGCCGCCAUCUUUCACACAACCUUCAUAUUUAUAUAAAUAUGAUGAGAAAACUAAAUCUAUUUCACCAGCAGACGCCGACGGACAAGGAGCUAUGUUAGAAUAUUCUAGAGAUAAACUCCAGUGCACACUGAAAGGAGAUAACUCGGAAUUGUUCAAAGUCGAAGUCAAAGAGAAGGAAGUCAAAGUGAGCGUAGUAACACCUUUCGAUGAAACAAAAAUUGAUCAGCAAUUGGUGCAAUUAACGAUUGAGUGUUUCGUUAAAGAAGAUAUAGGAAUCAGCACUGCAGGCGUUAUUAUUUCAUUCCCCAAAAGUACGGUCGGUUUCUCGACGAAGAAAUAUACUGCACAAUAUGAAAUUAAAGGAGAUGACCAUAGCGUGAACAUGACAGAUGUUAUAACCCUGACUGGGUCACUCGAAGACGGCGUUAUCAAAGUAGAGGACUAUCUGAAUCUGAAAGACUACCUCGAAGUGAAAAAAAAAAGUGAAGGUGUUUGGACACUGAAUAAAAUAAAAAAUUUGGAAGAAAACAUUUUAAAAAAUACCGAGAUCAAUUUUAUUAUAAAGCUCUACAACAAAGAUAUUGAGCUAGAUACCGCUUUCAUAUUGCUUGUUUUACCUAAUGGAGAGGAAGGUGUUGAUUUCGACCAAUCAUUUUUCACUGGUGAUUACAAAUUCGACGACGAUGGUAGAGGUACAAUGGAAGCGAUCACAAUCACUCUUAAUAACAAAAAUUUGGAUAUUGAUGGAUGUGAUCUCGAGAAAAACAAAUACAGUCAAUAUUUCGAAGUCAAUUGUGGUAACGUUGAUGAAUUGAAAUUAAUUAAGAAAAGCGAUAUACCAAGUGAUCUACUACGAGAUGGUACCGUUCCUCUCACCAUGUGGAUGGAUAUCACAUUGGGGAACAUCAAGAGGAGAAUUGAGACUGCAAUUCUUCUAAAUUUAGAAAAAGCAGGUGAAACUAGUCCAACAACUCUUUCAACAACAACCCCCUCAACAACAUCCACAUCAACAACACAAUCUUCUCCAGCAGAAGAAUCAGAUUGCAGUCACACUGGAUGGAUAAUCGCUGUGAUAGUCCUUUUACUGCUUCUUAUUGUCUAUGUUAUUGUAACUGUUAUCUACUAUGUCAGGAGAAUAAGGAACAGAACAGAAACUGAAAUCCCACUUCCAAGCACAAGGAUGCCAAUGAAUGGACCACUGUCGAAAAAAAGAUCAUCUGAUAAAUUCAAGGACGUAUCUACUCGAAGACCUACGGGUUUCAUACGAUACAAUCCAGAUCAGGACAGAAGUUCUUUGGAUUCUGAAAAUGGUGAUGCUAGAAAUGAGGUUGAAGAAAACACAAACCGAAACAGAUUCAUGAAUGAGCCAGAAGAAAACUUCAGAAAAAUUUCCGAAGGUAACAGCAAACGCAGAAGCAUUGGGUUUGCAAUACCCCCACCACCACCCCCUGAAACGUAACUGGAACUGAAUACAGCUAUCAAACAUAUUGUUAUGAUGAAAUUUAAAAUUUUUGUAUAUUUUUUUAACUUACUAGUUUAAUCAUGUAUAUUCCAGAAAUGUUUUUGAAGUAUUGAAUAAAACAUACUCAACACA